GACCGCUGUGCACACGAGCUGACAGUUAAAUGCCGAUGUGUUUUGACUCGGCACAACGAACGCUGCAGCGAAAGCGGAAAAGAGCAAAACAGCCAGCACUAAACAAUUUAGCACUUCCGCACCAUGUCGCAACAACAGCAACCACCCAAAAAGAAGGCUACCAAGGGAAGCAAACAGAUAGUGGAAGAAAAUGUGGCCACGGUCAAGUUUUAUCGAAACAUGUCACUCAUUGCGAGUGCGGUGCAGUUCCUCGGGUUCGCUGUGUACGCCGAACUUUCCACACUGGCGGUGGUCAUGACGAUCCUGUGCCUUGUAGCGCAUUUCGCCAGCUACUACUUUAUGGUGAUGGUAAGCAAACCGAAACUUACCGAAAAAGGUGAUAUCAUCGAAACGGGCACGGAUCUUAAUAUUGAGGGAGGCGUCACGGAACACGUGAAAGACAUCGUCAUCCUGACCUCGGGCACGCAGCUAGUAUCGAUUCUGUCCGAAUUCUUCUGGCUGCUAAUGUUGCUGCUGCCGGUGCGGGCCGGCUGGCUGCUGUGGCAGACGGUGGGCAAACAAUUUUUCCAGGGCGACCCAACCGAAGAAGCGCCCGUCAAUGAGAAGAAGCAAAAGAAGCUAAUGCGAAAGAUGAACCGGGCACGGCAGUGACACUGAGCGGCGCUGUAGUAACGGGAGCUGCUAAUAAAAUAUGGAAAUGAUUUAACCCGGGAAGCUAGCCGCCAUAGUUCCUGCCCCUGCUCAGGAAUAACCCCCAACAGGAUGGACCGGUCGGUGGACUUAAGGCAAAGCGAGAACAACACUCUACGCGCGUGUUUGUUAAGCAAAUAUUGUUUCUUUUUAGUGUGUGGUUUUUGUUGUUUUAUUAGACUGAAUAUAAAUAAUUUUCGUGCUUUGCUCUUA